CCCUUACUUCCUGUGGGAGAUGCUGAUUAUCGCGCGGAUGCACUCAAGACUACUUUUGCUAUCAAGCAUGUAAUCAGCAAGACUGCUGAUAUCUUGGGAGACGUGCAAGUCUUUCGGGCUGGGCGAUUGAAUGUGUACAACGCGUUGGAUUUGGACGACGUUGUUCAUGAAGUUUACCUUGCAGCCGGAGAACGUAGCUAA